AUGGAUGAGGAAAAUGUCCAUGAGGUUCCGAGGGGACUCACACUCGACCAAGCCCAGUUCCUUGGGUUCCAGCAGGGGCAAGACGAACUUUCUGCACGUCUUGAUAAACUGACCCAAGUUGUUGAGCAAAUGGCCUUGGCACGUGCUGCUGUACCACGUGCACAUCGAGUUCCCAGUCAAGUGGAACAUGAAGCUGACUGGGAGGAUGAACUACCUGAUGAAGAAGAGCAGUCGGUUCCACGACGGGAGCAAAGGGGCAUCGGUAACAACCUCAAGUUGAAGAUUCCGCAAUUCAAAGGCACGAGUUCCCCUGAAGAGUACCUCAAGUGGGUCCAGCGCGUCGAUAAGGUGUUCGAAUACUAUGAGUACUCCGAAACCCAGAAGUGUCAGUUUGCUGCCCUCGAGUUCACCGAUUAUGCGAAUCUUUGGUGGGAAAACAUAAAAGCACGACGAAGGAGAGAUGGCGAGAAUGAGAUUCGUAGUUGGUGGGAGAUGAAGAGACUUAUGCAUAGAAGAUUUGUGCCAGAGUACUAUAAGCAACGGCUUUAUCUUCAAUUGCAAAGUAUUAGGCAGUGUGGUAUGUCCGUAGAAGAUUAUGUUAAGGAAUUCAUGCUGCUGACCGUGGGAUGUGAGCUGCGUGAAUCUCAAGAGACUACCAUUGCGCGUUUCUUAGGAGGUCUGAAUAAGGGGAUUGCGGAUAUGAUCGAACGACAGCCUUUUGUGUCCCUAGAGGAUGUCAUAAAGCUGGUCAUUAAGGUACAAAGGCAGCGGAAACAUGGCCAACUAACUACGCCAAGAGUGUUCAACCUUAAGCCGGUGAUUGUUGGAUCUACACCCCAAGGGUCAGCCUCAAGGUGGAACGAGCCACGAAAGGAAGUUGAGGGCUCGCGCAAGUCUCAAUCUGAGUUAGCCAAGGUGAAGGAGCAGGAGGUCGAUCCACAACCCCCAGUUUGGUGCCACGACAUUAAGUGCCUUGAAUUUCAUGAAUUCAGACACUUUACCUCUGAAUUCCCCAAUUGGCGAGAGGUGACCAUCCAGAACCCUCACCCUGUCGAAAGUGAAGUUGAAGAGGCCGUUGUAGAUGUUUGUGGAGCUACGAGUAAGGAGAAAGUGGAAUAUGCUGAUGAGGGUGAGAAGCUCAAGGUUCAGCCAGUUGUGAGUUCGGAAUCAAAGUUGGAAGAACAGCGGGAGUGCUUGGAGAACAUUCCGAAGGUUUUGAUUUCAAACUCUCCAAAGCAAGUCCUGGAGGAACCCAUUUUAAGCUCAGCCCAAGAGGAACUUCAGGAAGAUCUAUCGAUGGUUUUUCAUCAAGUGAAACUUGAGCUACCUAAAGCGCACAUGACUCCACUGAGGAAGGGGCAAUCCAGCCAGAGAGUUGAUUGGCGAGGAAGAACAAAGAAUCUGAUCUAUGAGGAAUUACAAUAG